CACCUGCACCCAGCAGCAGCAGCAGCAGCGCGGCCGGAGCGGGAGGGACCCAACUGUUGCCGGGGGAGCUGCAGCCUGCGCUCGCUGCUGAGGCAGACAGAAGCCCCCCGCGGAGUCGGAAGAUGUGAGUCCUUCCCGCCCGCUCGCCCCAUGUGCGCCCCCAGGUCCUGGAGGCGGGCGGGAGCCACCUGGCUUCUCAUGCUGCAGCUGCUCCUGCCUUCUCCGGGGGCGCCAGCAGAACUGUACUGUUCUUUGCCCAGUCCUAGAAAUGUCCAUUUUGAAUCUAAAAACCUGAAGAAUAUCCUGCACUGGUCACCACCAGAAGAACUAGGAGAGGGAGUACUCUAUAAGGUGAAGUAUUUGAUAUACGGCAUCGGUAAAUGGAUUAAAAAGUCAGAAUGCAAGAACAUCAGUAGAAGAUGGUGUGACCUCUCCAACGAAACAUAUAACCACGAAGACCAAUACUAUGCAAGUGUAAAAGCCUUUUUCAAUGGCAACUGUUCCAGAUGGACAGAAACUGCACGGUUCAAUCCUCUCACUGAUACUAAAAUUGAUCCACCAGCAGUUACUGUGUCUUCCACUGAAAAAUCCAUAUCAAUAGUUCUGACUGCUCCUGAGAAAUGGAAAAGAACCCCUGAAGAGGAAUCUAUAUCUUUGUAUCAAGUCUACUCUGGCCUGCAAUAUAAUGUGUCUGUACUCAACAAAAAAACAAAGAAAAGGUGGGUCUUCUCUAUUAAAAACAAUACACUGGUUGUGCCCCGGUUGGAAUCCAAUACAGUUUACUGUGUCAAUGUACAGACAUAUGUUACAACACCACUUUUGCUCAGUGGAUUUUCCAAAGAACAUUGCAUUGCUACUCUGAAAGACCCAGCAGUAGAGCAGACUAUAACAAUCGUAUUUGGAUGUAUUCUGCCCAUCAUUUUAACAGGCCUCAUUAUGUCUAUGGCAGGCUAUUAUGUGCACAGGUAUAUUCAUGUCAGCAAGCAAAAGCAUCCGGCUAACCUGGUAUUGCACUACACCGAUAAAUGUGAUGAGAGGGUUUUUAUCCCCUCUGAAAAAAUAGUGGUUAACUUCAUCACUAUUAAUAUGAUGGGUGAGUACAAGACUUCCCAGGAAACCGUUAAUUUAAUAGGCAGGACCAGCCACAGUUGCAGUUCCAUUCAUGAUGAAAGCAGAGUCGAUGAUAAGCCUCUGAAAAGGGCACUGGAAGUGAAACACAUGGUUGAUACUUCUGAAGAUGUGAAAAUUUUACCUGACUCUGAGCGAUAUGGGAUAUGCCAACAUGGAUUCCACUCUGCUUUGGGUCAAAGGAAUGAAGGGGUUGUAGAGUAUGAACUUGAUGUGAGGCCUGCAGACCUUUUUCCUGUGCAAAAGCUAAAAGAAUGUGGUUUGGCAGAGAAGUCUUCUGCACCAAGAAAACUGCUAGAUGAGCCACAGAUCACUUUGAGGGAUUUCGCUGACAAUAAAAUGGGACAGUCAUACUGUCCCCAGCUUGAUGUGCGGGUUACAGACAUGUGUUCGGUGCAGAAACUAAAAGAACUCAAUUGGGAGGAGGAGGCUGCUGCACCAGAGGAACUACUGGAUGAUCCACAGCUUGAUUUGGGUACUGAAAAAAUAGGACAAUCUUACUGUCCCCAGUUAAGAACAAUAACACAGAGCCUCCAAGACCAAACUGGGACAAUGGAGGUAGAAGAGGAGGAUGAACAGACCAUAUUAAUAGAUUGGGAUCCUCAUACUGGAAGACUUUAUAUACCUACUUUGUCCAGUUUUGAGAGUGAUGCACAUAAAGAAGUAUUUGAGCAUGAAGUGUGUGAUCAGCCUGCUAAAGAGGGGCUUUUGUCCAAACUCUGUAAGAGGCAGGCGUCUGAUGAGCCAUCAGUAGACCAAGAACCAUAUCUCCUGCAAUUCAAGGAGCAAUGGGGCUUGCAUGUAAAAAUGGAAGACUGAACAGGCUUCCUUCAAGACUUUAAAUGUUAAAUGUAAAUUGUUCUUUAUACCUUCAAAAGGUAUUUGUUUCAUCCAAAUCAUGGCUCAGUUUGGCCUAGAGGCUGGAUUUGUACCGGCAUUAUCUAAUCUCUGCUAUGUUGUCAUCUUUUUGAAGACUUGUAUUGUAAAGAGGAUGCUCUAUAAGGAUUAUUCUGGUGUCUUCCUCAUGUUAUACACAUUAAAACAAAUGAUCUGUG